AUGCAGAUGAAGAUCUCGCUGCUGUCUGUCCUCUCGGUGGCUGCCCAGGUCAGCGCUCUUUGGCCGCUGCCUCGAAACCUCACAGAGGGCACGACUGCCCUCCGUCUGUCCAAGAACUUCGAUGUCGUACUCUCCUCCGGCAUCGUUGAGCCGCCCCAGGACCUAUACGACGCCAUCUUCCGGACGCGAACCCAUCUCUUUACGGACAACUUGGGAAGACUCGUCGUGGGUCGCGGCGCAGGCGAUGUCAGCGCGUUCGAAACGGCGGCGUACUUGUCUACACUCACGCUGUCUCUCGAACCUGGGUCUGAAGUCGCAUCGGUCACUGUCGAGGCUCAGAAGCCUCUGGAGGCCAGAGAUGAGGCGUACACGCUGACCGUCCCGUCCAACGGUAGCGCUGCUUCAAUUACAGCGACAUCUACGCUCGGACUUCUCAGAGGUCUGACGACCUUUGAACAACUAUGGUAUGAAUACGAAGACACUGUAUACGCGGUGAACACGCCUGUCCAGAUCGAGGAUGCGCCUGCCUAUCCGUACCGUGGCCUCAUGCUGGAUACGGCGCGCAACUAUUUCCCGGUAUUAGACAUACUGAGGACACUGGAUGCGAUGAGUUUGGUCAAGAUCAACGAAUUUCAUUGGCACAUCUCCGACAGCCAAAGCUUCCCUCUGCAGAUCCCGGGCUACAUGGAGCUUUCCGAGUAUGGCGCUUACUCGCCACAGAUGAUCUACAGUCCGAGCGAUGUGGAGUACAUCGUCUCGUAUGCAGGCGCGCGAGGCAUCGAUGUCAUGGUUGAAAUUGAUACCCCAGGUCAUACUUCCAUCGUCGGCGAAUCUCACCCGGACUUCGUCGCAUGCUACCUAGCUCGCCCAUGGGCAUCGAACGCCGGUGAGCCACCCGCCGGCCAGCUGCGGUUCGCCAACGCGACGGUCGCGAACUGGAGUGCGGGGCUGUUCACGGCGGUCGCGCAGAUGUUCCCGUCGUCGAUGAUCAGCACGGGCGGCGACGAGAUCCAGACGUACUGCUACGACAUGGAUGAAGAGACACAGUAUGACCUGAACAGCACGGGGCGGACGUUCAACGAGGCGCUGACGGACUACGUUCAUGGGACGCAUGGCGCCCUUGCUGCCGCUGGGAAGACACCCGCCGUAUGGGAAGAGAUGGUGCUCGACUACAACCUGUCGCUGUCGACCGACACGUUGAUUUUAGUUUGGAUUUCUUCGGACGAUGUCGAGGCUGUGGCAGACCAGGGCUUCAAGGUCAUCCACGCAGCGUCCAACUACUUCUAUCUGGACUGUGGCGCUGGCGAGUGGGUCGGUGGUGACCCGUCCGGCAACAGCUGGUGCGAUCCUUUCAAGACCUGGCAGUAUGCCUACACAUUCGAUCCGCUCGCCAACCUCACGUCUGACCAAUAUUCCCAAAUCAUGGGUGGCCAGCAACUGCUUUGGACAGAACAGUCGGGGCCUGACAAUCUCGACCCGAUCGUCUGGCCCCGCGCCGCUGCCUCCGCUGAAGUGUUCUGGAGCGGGGCUGGUGGCAACGGCACUGCCGCACUGCCGCGCCUGCACGACGUGUCAUUCCGCAUGCAGCAGCGCGGUGUGCGCUCGAUACCUCUGCAGCCUCUGUGGUGCGCGCUGCGGCCGUAUGAAUGUGACCUUGACUGGUAACAGGCCGUGUACCGAAUGUGAUUGAGCGUAGCCGCGACCCGCUGGCCAUAUGUGAUACAGAAUAGUCCCUUCGAUGGUUCCACUUCUCGUGUCGAACGUUGGUAUCCGCGGUAUACAUCGGCAAUCUGUCUAUAUGAACUUAAUGAAGCUCGCUAGGACGCAUGCUGUCCACUCGUUCGC